AUACAGGUACCACUUAUUAUUAUUAUUCAUUCAUUCAUUCCUCUUUUUUUUUUUUUUUUUCUUUUUUCAAUUGUCAAUUCGCAACCGUCCAUCCGUCCAUCGUCAGGGAAUCCUUCUCCGUCGAUUCGUGAUCUUUUGCGUGAUUGUCAAGGCAUCCAUCAUUGUCCUCAUCGUCCAUCGAUCUGUCAUCCCAAUCGCCCGUUCUCGAGCUGGACCUGCCACAAAACAAGGCCGUUUUGCCCUUCACACCUUUGCAAUUUUUCCACACACCACUUCCUCCUCCCUCCUCCUCGUUUCCAAGGACUUUUACCAACCGCCGGCACUACCCGUAUCCCCCCGAAUUCAUCUUCUAUGACUGUCAACAUGUUCUCGCGCUUUGGAUUCGCCUCGUCAACGAAUCAUCCCGCUCAGGUCGAUGUGCUGCCGCCCGCCCCGCACGACCGCCAGCCCCAGCAUGGCGCAGGACACUUGCACUAUGCGCACAACGUCGUCGCGACCACCGCCGUUGUCCACACGGGCAAGCACGCAGAGGUGAAGUUGCAAUUCCCACUGCGCACCUCGCCUCCGCAGGACGUGCCUCCACGCCCCUCACUAGGAUCCCGCGACGACGAUCGCAUUCUAAGCUGCAAGUUCUGCGAGCGAACGUUGCGAAGCGUGCGCACCAUUUGUGGUCACUGCCAGUACGUCCACACUGGCGAUGGCCGACAUGUUCGGGUAAAGCUGUGCGAUGCAACCUCGUCGCUCGGCGGCCUCGCCCACUUUGGCUCGCAGCAAUCACGGCUCUCGCAUCAGCAAUUACAUCGACCUCUAGCAUCAUACCACAAUUCGCAGUUGCCUCAAGAGCAUCGCGUGCAGCCCGUCCGUGAUACCUCUGACGACCAAGAGCUGCAGUUCGAGAUGGAGUAACGUCUCACUGCCUUCUUUUGCUAGCCUCUUUUUUUGAAGUCUAGCCUUUUCAACUCAUUGCUAAUCAAGUGUUUUCGACUUUUUUUUUUCCGUCUGUGCUCGUGUUGUUUUUUUGCUUUUCUGUUCUCGCUUCAAAAUCGAUUUUUCUUUUGCUGCUUUUUCCUUUUCUCUCUCUCUCUCUCCCUUUCUUGUCUUCCGAUCUUCCCUCUGCGUCUGUUCCCGUUGCGCUUUUGUACUAUGAUUCUUUUGCUUUUUUGUUGUCGUUUAUUUUUUUACGUUGAAAAAUGUACAUUUUUGAUUCC